AUGACCCAACCGACUGCUGGCAAAGCCACCGCCGGUGUGCUUCAGAUCCCAGCAGCAGCUACGCAGAAGUCCACAGCGCCAGCAAAGAAGGCUCCCAAGCCACCCACCCCGCGCCUCAAACUCCUCAUUCGCCGCUUACCUCCAGGGUUGACACAACCCGAGUUUGAAGGCGCCCUAGGAGAGGAAUGGAAAGCGGGUGCGGGCAAGGUCGACUGGCUUCACUACAAGCCUGGCAAAGUGUCGAAAGACCCCGCGAAGCCCUCUCGUCCCUCCCGAGCCUACAUCCAUGUGGUAUCCAACGAACACAUCGGUCCGCUGUCAGAUCAAGUACGACAGUCCUCUUUCCAGGAUGCGGGCCACACCUCAAACGAUCCCGUCCUUUUGGGACCUCCUACGCUGGAGUUUGCGCCCUACGCCAAAACCCCGGGCAGUCGCGUGCGCAAAGAUGCCCGCCAGGGUACAAUUGACCAAGAUCCCGAGUUCAUUGCUUUCCUUGAGAGCUUGACGCAGCCUAUCACGAAGCCGGCUCCGGUGGACGCGAUCGAAGCUGACGAGAAAAAGGCAGCGGUGAUAACGCCGCUGGUACAAUUCAUCAAGGACAAGAAGGCGAGCAAGGCGAAGGAGAGUGGGUCUUCCAAAUCCUCCAAGCGGUCGGAGAAGGAAUCGAAGCAGGAGAAGGUGCAGGCCAAAAAGCUUCUACAGCGAUCGGACAAAAAGCUGGCCCCCGGUCCAUCCUCAGACGAGAAAUCCAAGGGGGACAAGGCGGCCAAAGAGUCUGUGAAGGCAACCAAACAAGCUGCGAGCGGUACAUCUACGAAGGGUGGCAAAGCGAGCAGCUCCAGUACGACCAAGGAGAACACAUCUGCCACGGCCUCUGAGCGAAAGAGGGAACGGGGCAACGUCACCGCAGCAGCGAAGAUCCUACAGCGGGAUCUGGGGCUCUCCCCGUCGGCCUCUUCCAGACGGCGCGGUAAAGGUGGAUCGAACGAGACUGGGUCCCCCAAGAACGAGAGCUCGCGGGAACCUUUCGUUCCCGCAGCCGAGGGCAACAAGAAGGAAUCUAUUUCCAAGCCAGCCAAGAGUGCCGCCAGCUCCACGAAAACCAAGGAUCGCGAUGGCGGUGAGUCGCCGUCCUCGCGCACCUCCGGCGCCGCCACCCCUCCGGCCACGAAAUCGUCCAAGGUUGCCAAAACUAAGGCCGCACCGCGUCCCGCGCCCACCGCGACCCAGGCCUUCCUCAAGCACGCCAAUGCAUCUCAAGGAGUGACCGAGGCACUGUUAGAGGCGGCGUUUACUCUGUUCGGCACGGUGACGAAAGUCGAGAUUGACAAGAAGAAAGGAUUCGGGUACGUGGACUUCACGGAGCCCGAGGGACUGCAGAAAGCCAUGGCGGCCAGCCCGGUCUCCAUCGCACAGAGUCAGGUGGUGGUGCUCGAGCGCAAGGCAAAUCCCGGCGGCGAGAAGUCUCGCAAAGCAGGAGGCGGUCGAGGCGACCCGCCGCAGCAGGCCAAGGGAGACAAGACAAAGGCGACUGAAGGAAACAGUGGCGGGAAUAGCGGCAGCGGAGGAGGACCCGCUGGAUCUUCGCGGGGAUCUCGGGGAGGACGCGGAUCGCGGAACAAAGGCUUGAAGGGAGGCGCGGCUGGCAAUGGAACAGCCGCAGGACCGGCGGAGAAGAGCGUGGGCUCUGACGCCAAGUGA